UUUCCCUUUUUAGCUCCCCAGCUCUGUUGGUGCCAGGCACACUGCAGGACAUCGGCCGGCAGCCCCUCAGCGGCGAUGGAGCAGGCUCCAAACGUGCUUCUCCUCUGCAUCUUCACCUUUGCCAUGGUCCUGGUCCCUGAAGCAAAGGACCAAAGCAAGGCAGCAAAAGGCAGGAGAAGAGGCCCAGUGCGCUCCCCUUCAGCCACCCCUGCCCUGACCUGGGCCCCAGAUGACUCCUACACCUCCAUGGCAGACUAUGAACGCAGCAUCCAGGAUAUGGUGCACCAGCUGAGGAACAGCUCCGAGCCAGGAGACACCAAGUGCCAGGUCAACCUGAGGCUCUGGAGGUCCAACCGGAGGAGCCUGUCCCCCUGGGCCUACAGCAUAAACCACGAUGCAACACGGAUCCCAGCAGACAUCCCAGAAGCCCGAUGUCUCUGCACUGGCUGCAUCAACCCAUUCACAAUGCAGGAGGACCGCACCAUGGCCAGCAUUCCCAUCUACAGCCGGCUGCCCGUCCGCCGGCUGCUUUGCCAGGAAGCAGGAGAGGCUGGGCACAAGCCUUCCAGGAAGAAGUGUCACAAGAAGUACCAGAUGGUCAUGGAGACCAUUGCUGUGGGCUGCACAUGCAUCUUCUGAGGCUGCAGAGCUAACUGCUGCAACCGGGCAUCUAACCAGCUUGCUCUUGCUUCCUGAGCUUCCCAGCCCUCUGGGAGAGCCACCCAGCCAAGCAUUAGGGUGAGAAGAGCCCCCGUGCAAGGAGACUACAGCUCCAACAGCUCCCCUGAAUCCUCCUGCAGACUCCAUCAGCCUCAGCCCAAGCAGCCACUUUGGGGACACUCAUCUAUGCAGCAAGCCUUGCAGUGAGACACCACCCUGAGCCCCCUCACCUCCAGGAAGUAGCUCAGCAGGGUGGGCUGGGGGAGAGAGGGAGGCAGCUGCCCCUAGAUCCCUCUGGCUAGGCAGGAUCAGGCCACCUCCUUUCCCAAAGCCUCUGUUUGCCUUUGUUUGCUCCAUCCGCGCACUGGGUCCUCCCUAGCGCUCCCUUGCCCCCUCGCACG